AUGGCCAUUGCCGGAACAACUUUUGUGGUGGUGCCGGUGCAACGACCAGUGCCGAAAGCUCCACUUGCAGCUCCAGGGAAGCCGACCACAGAGGGAGCCAGCUGGGGUGUAGCAGCAGCAGGUUUGGCAUUGGGUGCCCACUUGGGUCUUGCUGUGGCUGGCCGUGUGACGCGCAAGGCCAAGGGCAAGCCUUACGUGGAGACACCUGCGGAUGAGAGGCUUUUUGAACAGGUCUACUUGCAGUACACCUCCGAGUACAUGAAGGGCCCAAUGUAUUGGCACCCGGACAAGAUGCAGGGUUUCGCGCCAGACUACCCGGGGCGCCCCAUUGUGAAGAAUGGCAAGUACACCAGCAAUGUCAUUGGAAACCUGAAGGCUUUCAGCUCGAAUGAGUUGGCAUUCCUCUCAAUGCUCUUCUUUGGAGUGGGUCUCUAUGGAAACUUGCAGUUCAACUAUUACGACCCACAGUGGGCCAAGGUGGAUGCUGGUGGAUACUUCAAUGCUUCAUACAUCGUGGAGUCCUUGCUGCUUCCUAUCUCCUUCUUCAUGCACAUUGCUUGCUACAUCCAGAAGCAGAACGGGAAGUGA